AUGUCCAACGACCGCGCCCCCGUCGCCGACCAGGCCGAGCUCAACGCCUUCUUCCCCUCUCCCUUUUCCCUCACCCAGUACGUGCCCUCCAAGACCGACUUUGACGGCGCCUCGUACCCGUCGGCCUACACCGGCGGCCGCUGGAAGAUUCUCCUCAUUGGCACGCAGGAGCGCUACCUGCCCAUGGCCGACGGCCGCUUCUUCUCCACCGGCAACCACCCCGUCGAGCUGCUGCUCCCGCUGCUGCACCUCGACGCCGCGGGCUUUGACGUGGACGUGGCCACGCUCUCCGGCGAGCCCGUCAAGUUUGAAGUCUGGGCUUUCCCCAGCGAAGACGACGCCGUCAAGAACAUUUACAAGAAAUACGAGCAAAAACUGCGCAACCCGCUCAACCUGGAACAGCUCUGGGGCGCUGCGGGUUUCAGCAAGGAGACGCCGUACCUGGGCGUCUUUAUCCCCGGCGGACACGGCGUCAUCAACGGCGUGCCGGAGUCGCGGCUCGUCGGCGACGUGCUGCGCUGGGCAGACGCCAACGAGCGCUACACCAUUACGCUGUGCCACGGGCCCGCGGCGCUGCUCGCCGCCGACGUGGGCAAGCCCGCGGGGAGCAAGUACAUUUAUGACGGCUACGAGAUUGUCGUCUUUCCCGACGCGCUCGACAAGGGCACCAACAUUGACAUUGGCUACAUUCCCGGCCAGAUGCAGUGGCUCGUCGGCGACGCGCUGCGCAAGCGCGGCGUCAAGACGCUGAACGACGGCAUCACGGGCCAGGUGCACCGGGAUCGUCGCCUGCUGACGGGCGACUCGCCGCUGGCGAGCAACAAUCUGGGCAAGCUGGCGGCGGAGACGCUGCUGGAGGACGUGGCGAAGCGUGGGUAG